UAAAAUACAGAGAUAUAACAGAAAAUUCUUUAUAAUAAAUCAGAAAUAAUAAUAAAAGAAUCUGGAGAGCUGAUGCACAUUACAAUCGCUGUCUUAAAGACAUAUUUGCCCCUACAAGAAAAUGAUCAUUGAUACACUGGGUCCCAACAAAUUUGCCACCAGGAUACAACAAUUCUCUUCCAAAAUGAACGGCUUAGAUCUGGUGCACUCUUGAUCAUAGCCACAUUACUCAAAAAUAUUUAAAUUAAUUUGCCUAAAAAGAAGACAAAAGGAAAAAACUAGAGAAGAGAGAAAUUUUCGGAGUGAUUUGCAAUAGAGAGGAGAUGUCCUUAUAAAAGAAAAAUAGGUAGUCGUUGGGGCUCAAGGUGCAUGCAAGUGGCGUAAUAAAUGCAUGUCGGUGCAUGUACACAACAUAUGCUGAAAAACUAAAAGUGUGCGGUAAAAGACACACCGCACUACGCCAUAUUCCCGGCCAUAGUGCACACAUGCAUACGAGGUUGCUUCCAUGGUAUACUCUUGUUGUUCCAAUAAAAAAUUAUUAGUGAUGGGUUUUAAUAUAAAGGUUUAGAUUUCUUAACAAUUUUCCAAUGUGUGACAAAACUAAACCCAGUUAAGACAAGUUGAUUAACAAAGUCAAAAUUAAUUUUUCUAAAAUUUUCAAAUCUUAUUUUUAAAUUCUUUUAUUCUAAUAAUAAUUAAUAGUAUAUCGCAAUUAUACAUGGCCAUGUUCCCAGUUUAGUACCUAAUCUGUACACAUGGGGCCAUGGUUGGUUUAUUUGAUCUGUUGAUCUGAUGUCCUCCAUCAUUGAGGAACCCUGCCCAAAAAUCUCUGAAGCUUGUGUAGUACCCAAAUUCCAAGGGGAAUGCUACCAACAUGAGAAAAAAUGCAUUCCUAUUUAGGCCUUUUCUGCCCCAAGAAGGACAUGGAUUUCCUGUUUCUCUCUCAACGUGCUUUGAGGCUCAGGCACCCUAUUUGCCUGCUUCAACUAUACACCAUUAUUUGUAUGUGUGAUAACUGCAACUGUUCAUUUUAUAUAAGGUGUUGUACUGUUAUAUCAUGGCAUCUAUCUGAAGAUAGUUUUACAAUGUAUCCAUGGGUAAGGCUUAUGAAGUGCCAAGAGUUGUGAUAUACAAUACAUCGAAUGAUAGUAUAUGGCCUACACACCCAAUGAUCCCUUCUUUCAACUUUCAUAUCUUUCUGUUUUUUGUCAAUCAAGUUCUUAUCCUGCUGUUUCAUUCUCCAAACUUAAUCGAGCAUGUAGUGAGUUGUGCCCUUCCGGGAUUUCUCCGCUAGAUGGGCCACGUGUAACAAUAUUAGGAUGAUUAAAACCAUUCAUUGGAUUCUCACAACCAGGCUAUGCCAAGGUCCAAAAAUCACAAUGAAUAAACAUCCAAUAAGUUCUGUUUUAUUUUCCGUUCAAAUGCUUCCAAUUUUUAAAAACAAAGAAACACAAAUACGUCAGCGGCUGAGGAAAACAUAAAGAAGUGACCCCAUUGAAAAAAAGAAAUAUAUAUAUAUAUAUAGGCUCCAUCUAGAAAAUCAUGUUGAUGGGGCAUCAGUCUCUUGUGUCUAUCAUUUUAUUCCCUUGUUUUUACCAAUGUUCAGGUGCUAAUGCUAGAGCAAUUUUGUGUCCCACAAGGAUAUAGGCCCUCUGGUGAUUAUUAGAGAUUUGAGAGCAUUAAUCCUAACCAUUGCAUCUAAAGCAUGGACCCCCAUUUGCACAAAGCCGCAAGACUGGGAAGUGUCCCACUCCUAAAUGCCAUCACCACCGAUUCAGACCAACAAAUACUCUACUCUUCAACUCCCGAAAUAUUGAACAAUGCCCUACACAUAGCAGCGAGAUUGGGACACGCAGUGUUCACCAAAGAGAUCUUGGGCCGAUGUGGAGCCCGUCUUAUGCAAGCUAACUCCACAGGUGACACUCCUCUACACUGUGCCACAAGGACCGGACGGCUUAAUGUAGUUGAAAUCCUAUUGAAUUGGAUUGUGAUGGAAGAAAGAAAUAUGGAGCUACUUCGCAUGACAAACAAAGAAAAGAACACAGCAUUACAUGAAGCGCUGAGGAAUCGAAACGGGAAUGUGGCUGUGAAGUUAUUAGAAUCGGAUUUGAAAUUGGCUUAUUUGGUUAACGAAGCAGGUGAAUCACCGUUGCAUAUGGCUGCCAGAGAGGAGUUGCUACAAGUUGUUGAAAAGAUUUUGGACUUUGAGCCAUCAGAUGAAAAGACAAACAUGGUACGAAUACGAGACGCCCAUGGCCGAACUGCCCUGCACUAUGCAGCAUGCCAAGACAAUUCCACCAUAGUUGCAAAGCUGUUGAGCUUCGACCGUUCCCUCGCUUACAUCUUAGACAACAUUGGCUACUCAUCUCUUCAUGUCGCAGCUGCUUCUGGCUCCCCAUUGGCGAUCGCUGAGCUUCUUAAACACUGCCCGGAUGCCAGCGAGCAACUUGAUCCAAGUGGGAAGAAUGUGUUUCACAUUGCUAUUAUGCACAACCAGAAUUCCACUGCUCGCCGUUUAUUGUGUAUGGCGGUGCUUGAGGGGAUGAUAAAUGAGCCUGAUACAGAUGGAAAUACCCUUCUUCAUUUUGCUUUCAAGUACCAUAAUGAUCAGACGUUUUUGUUGUUGUCAAAGGAAAAAAGAGUAGACCCAACGAUCGUUAACAAGGAUGGUCAAACCGCCCUCGAUCUUAUAGAAUUGGACACCGAGUAUGAAGAAUUUCAGAGGCUCAGUCGUAGAUGCUCAAGAUAUAAAGGCACAAUUCGUGGACAGCGGCGGAAAAUGCCUAGCGAACUCGAAACAAGACCGCAAUCCAUGGCUGCCUGGGAUGACCGCCACAAAUCCAUGGUCCAAACGUACACAUUGGUGGCUGCGCUCAUCGCCACCGUCACCUUCUCUGCCAGUUUCACAAUGCCAGGUGGGUACAACAACGAUGGCCCCAAUCAAGGCUCUGCAUUGCUCGUGAAGCAUGCCGUAUUCAAAGCUUUCUUGCUCUCCAAUACAGUUGCAUUAUGUUGCUCAAUACAGUCGUGGUGGGCUUCAUCUGGGAAUGGUCCCAGCACAAGAGUGGGCAUGCGUUAUUUCUGGACGCGGAUUGUGUCCUACCCCCACACGGUCAGCACAUACACAUUAGUGGCUGCACUCAUCGCCACCGUCACCUUCGCUGCCGCUUUCACAAUGCCGGGUGGGUACAGGAAUGACGACCCAAACCAAGGGGCUGCAGUGCUUGUGAAGCGCUGGUCGUUCAAAGCUUUCUUGUUCUCAAAUACAAUUGCGUUAUGUUGCUCACUUAUUGUCGUUGUCUGCUUCAUCUGGGCAUGGGGUCAUCACAUGAGUUUCUUACGUGAUAUGCUUAUGUGGGGCCAUCGGCUUACGAUCAUUGCAUGCCUGGCGCUGAUGGUUUCAUUCAUGGCAGCUGUGUAUGCAGUGGUUGCACCAGAGUGCUUGUGGCUAGCUAUUUUGAUCUUGGCUAUUGGUUGUAGUGGGCCAUUCCUUGUCUACUAUUUACUAUUUGCACACAAUCUGCUACAUUCCUUUCUAAGGUGUUUCGUGGGCUGGAAAGAUCAGUGGUCCAAUAUGAGAAGCCAGUUUGAUGCAUGUGACUGCAUGGAUGUUGUAAUCCCACCAUUUGGUAAGUAAACCAUCUAAAGGUAACCAUAAUUGCAAGUUGCCCCAAAAUUGAGUACUUCUGCUUAUAAAAAUGUAUAUCGUCACCGGCCAUUUAUGUACAACGUUUAUAGAAUAAGCUUAUUUUGUAACAUUUUUGUAUGGGCACUACUGUGAUGUGUGCAUGACAUUCACUCCAAUAUAUCAUACACCCUCUCUUAUAUUUGUUAA